GCGGGAGCGGGGACUCGGAGGAGGUCAGUGCUGCGAUGGGCUGAGCCGAGUCUGAGAGGUGGCUCGCCGGGUGGAAGUCAGGCCCCCGGGGAUCCGGCCGGUCCUAGCUGUCAGUCAGACUCCCCCGGAGCCCCCAGCUCGCCGGAAAGGGGGCGAGGCUGCGGCGGUGCGGGGAGGGGAGGGAGGGCGGAGUGGGGAAGGGGCGUCGCCCCGAUCGCCCCCGCCCUCUCCGAUGUCAUUGGGCCGACGCUGCGGGGUCCGCGCCACCUUUUCUCCAUCCCACCCGGUCCGCCCGGCUGCGCUCGUCAGGCGGCUGGUGCGGCCCGGGACGUUGACGUCACCGCCAAGUUUGCUGCCCUCGGCGCCCCACGUGUGGCGGCGGCGGCGACCGCCCGGAGGCGGCGGGGGAGCGUCUGCGAGCGCUGUGGCCGCGGCCGCUGACAGGUCCUGCGCCGCCGGGCUCCGGCACGCCGCACCCAGGUGGGGACCGAGAGCAGUUUGGAGCAGCCGGGAGCGCACAGAAAGGGGCGCACGGCUUGGCGCGGGCCUCGGGCUCCCGCUCGGGCAACGGGACUCGGCGGGACCUCGCAGCGGGGCGCUGAGGGCGCGCCCCGGCGGCCACGGUCACGAAGGAAGAGGCACUGUCGCACGCUGUCGUCUGCAGCGCACGGAGCUCCGCGGCCCCGGGGCCUGGAGUCUCUUCCCCGCGACCGAGCGAGGGAUGCGCGAUCGCUGAGCAGGGAUCCAGGCCGGGAGGCCGCUCGGGGCCGGGGCUGAGACGCGCGCCUUCGCCGCCGCCAGGACUCCCCAUUCCGGUCACUGUCGCAGAGCGCGUCCCCAAGGCUCAGGACUCGGGGGAGUCUGAGACGAUGGUUUCUUAAGCACCGCACCACGUCCCCCUCCCGCCCCCUCGACCGGAGGCAGGGAUCCCGCGCCGGGCGCCCGCGGCUACGUCUCCGCGGGGCAGCGCGCACGGCCGCAGAGACGCACGGGCGAUGCGGGCCCCCCCGCACGAGGUCGCGGCCCCCGGCGGAGUCCCGGCCUAGCAUGGCCCGCGCGCGGCCCGACGUCGCCUCCGGCUAGGAUGGCCCCUCCGGGCCCGGCCGGCGCCCACCCCACCCCGGCCGAGCCGCUGUCCCGCAGCAUCUUCCGGAAGUUCUUGCUGAUGCUCUGCUCCCUGCUCACGUCCCUUUACGUCUUCUACUGUCUGGCCGAGCGCUGCCAGACCCUGGCGGGCCCCGUGGUGCGGCCGUCGGGCGGCGGCGAGGAGGCGGGGGCCCCGGGGCGCGGCGCCCUGGCCGGAGGCCCGAGGGAGCUGGCGGUGUGGCCCGCGGCGGCGCAGAGGAAGCGGCUCCUGCAGCGGCAGCAGCGGCGGAGGCGCCGGCCGCCCGCGCCACGCGACGACGGCGAGGAGGCGGCCUGGGAAGAGGAGCCCCCCGGCCUGGCCGGAGGUCCCGGCGGCUCCGGGGCCGGGAGCAGCGCGGCCGAGGCCCCGCCGGGGACCCUGGCCCUGCUGCUGGACGAGGGCAGCAAGCAGCUGCCGCAGGCCAUCAUCAUCGGCGUGAAGAAGGGCGGCACGCGGGCGCUGCUCGAGUUCCUGCGCGUGCACCCCGACGUGCGCGCCGUGGGCGCCGAGCCCCACUUCUUCGACCGCAGCUACGACAAGGGCCUCGCCUGGUACCGGGACCUGAUGCCGAGGACCCUGGACGGGCAGAUCACCAUGGAGAAGACGCCCAGCUACUUCGUGACCCGCGAGGCGCCCGCGCGCAUCUCGGCCAUGUCCAAGGACACCAAGCUCAUCGUGGUGGUGCGCGACCCGGUGACCCGGGCCAUCUCGGACUACACGCAGACGCUGUCCAAGCGGCCCGACAUCCCCACCUUCGAGAGCCUGACGUUCAAGAACCGCACGACGGGCCUCAUCGACACGUCGUGGAGCGCCAUCCAGAUCGGCAUCUACGCCAAGCACCUGGAGCACUGGCUGCGCCACUUUCCCAUCGGCCAGAUGCUCUUCGUGAGCGGGGAGCGGCUCAUCAGCGACCCGGCCGGCGAGCUGGGCCGCGUGCAGGACUUCCUGGGCCUCAAGAGGAUCAUCACCGACAAGCACUUCUACUUCAACAAGACCAAGGGCUUCCCCUGCCUCAAGAAGGCCGAGGGCAGCAGCAAGCCCCACUGCCUGGGCAAGACCAAGGGCAGGACCCACCCGGAGAUCGACCGCGAGGUGGUGCGCCUGCUGCGCGAGUUCUACCGGCCGUUCAACUUGAAGUUCUACCAGAUGACCGGCCAGGACUUCGGCUGGGAUGGAUAACAGUAUAAUUUAAAAAGAAAAAGAAAAAUAUCAAAAUAUAAUAUAUUUUUUUACCACUCGGUAGGGAAAAGGCAGUUUAAUAUUUGUGCUGAAAAUAUUUGUUUCCGUAUUUUUUUUUCCCCCAGUGAAUGUUAAAGAGAGUGUUCUGGCCUCCGCCCGCGUCUCGCCUUCCACAUGCCGACAUUUGGACCAGCAAAAAAGGAAAACCUCACUGGUCUAAAUACUUUCAGUUUUCUACUUUUAUUUUAUGUGUUCUAUACACAGUUAUAAACCAUGAGCGUUGGUGGCCAUUGAGGGAAAUCCUGAGGGUAAAUCGAUCGAUCUCAGUGUCUGUCUCUGCCUGUCUCUUGUCUGUCUUUCCACGGGUCCCAGAUAAAAUGAUCUCUGCUUCUGUUUCCUCCCUUGUCACUUUUUUUUUUCUUGCACCACUUUUCAAAAAGCGUUUCCCAGUUAAUAAUACUCCCAUGUUUGUACACCGCUUCCCAGUUACCAUAGGACUUUUGAAUAAAGCACCUUUUCCCGUCCUUAUCCGAAGGUGGGGUAAGCGCAUAGCACAUAAAGAUUAUGAUUCCCUUUUUACAGAGAAGGCGACUGAGUCUCAGGGACGUUAAAUGACUUCUCGUAAGGCCAGAUGGUGGACCUUGGGCAAAACCCCAUCUUCUACCUGUUCCCUAUAUCCUGCCACUUGUUCCAGAGAGAAUUGGAAGUGAGGCAUGUAUCCUUUUAGAGACGGUUAGCUAGUGUGAGGACGAUCGGAGAUGGGACAGCGAGGGUUUCCUGUCGCCUUCUGAAGUUCCAGGCUAGCUUUGUGACACGCUAAGUCACAAGGAGUCGCCCGUGUCCGAGGACACCGCUCAGACGUGGACAUAACGUCUUUCAAGGGCCAGUCUUAGCUUGUUGAAGUACCCUGAGAUCUAGAAAUCUUGGUUUUGUUGAGGUUGAGAGAAAUUACUGGAUCUGUGUCUGGAGAACCAAGACGGACACUCACAUUAGGAACAGGAAAAAAAUGGUAGGAGCGUAAGUUACCUAUGUGUGGUGUUCACGGUCCUUUUUUUUUUUUUUUUAAAGAAAAACCCACUUCAGCAAGAGCUUAUACGUAUGAACCUCCUUUUUUGUUACCUCUUUUUUUUUUAACAAAGAAAACCUGCUUCUCUUUGUAAUGUGUCAUUUCUAAUCUUGGAGCUAAUACUAAGAAAAAAAAAUAAAUGUCAUUAUUUUUCACGGGUCGAAGACUGUCACCCUCACUUUCUUUCUCCCCCUGCUUCCUGUUCAUACCAGGGAUAACCGAAUAUUCAUUAAUGUUUGGGAAAUAUCCUAAGAAACACAGAUGUGGGUAAAAUGGCAGUUUUUUUCUUCUCCCCAUCUAUUUCUCUCCUCCCCCUCCCUUUAAAUAGCUCAAAUAAAUCAAUAGUUUAUUAAGAGUAUUCCUUUCCUCUCUGAGUGGGCAUUAACAAGAUUAGCAUUAAUGGGAAUUAAAUUGGUUUAGAGAGAAGCACAUAUGCACGAAAUAUAUAAAACAUUUAUAAUUAGUCUGUCAGCAACCUUUUAUUACAGUUGUAAACCCAAGAGGAAAAUGUCUCCCAUCUCAUGGAAGUUUUCCGUAUCUGCCAAAAAUUUAAAGGACCAGACCCUACAGUCUCCUAAAAUAAUAAUUCUUUUUCUUCUCCGGCGCAGUCAAUCAAAAGAAACUAGAGUUGUCUGCAAAUGUGCAGCCAAAUGUGCCUCAACCAUAGACGCUGCCUCAAGGGAAGUAAAUCUUUCCGGAGAGACCUAACACGGGAUUCAAAUGAAGGGGAAAAAAUUAUUUAAGUUUCAAGGUGUUCCAACAUUGCUCCAGACCCUUGAAUUUUCUGUACGAAUAUACCACUUAGGAGAGUUAAGAAAACCCCAAUUCCCCAUCUCCUUUGCCCAGUUGAUUGCCUUGCCUUCCGUGCCCUUAAUUUUCCAAUGCAGCACCCCUGGUUUUGUUAUUCUUAAAUCCUCACUUUGAGAAACGAGAUACUCAUCUGAAACUCUUUGCAUCUUUUCUCUUAACUCAUUUUGUUCAUGCCUCAGAUUCCUUGGUAAGCAUUUGCCUGGCAUUGCGCAGAUGUGCCUUGUGCAGGGAAACUAGCGCAUCUGACAGUUGUAUUCCGCCAUUUUCCUCUUGUUGUGUUAAGAAAUAAUAAAAGAACGGAAUUGAGUUCAAAGCA